AUGAGAGAGGCUAGUCUGGCUCGUUAUAUCGAAGAGCCUGAUACACUCUAUGAGAGUAUCGACCAGCUUCUGAUUGAUUCCAGCACAGUUUCAUUGCCGCACGUCGAUCCUCACAAUUUUGAAAGCUCGCUUGUGUAUCUGAAACAUACUACCUCAAGACUUACAGUCUUGUCCUUCGAGGACGAAAACAACUUAUUCAUGCAUGGUAUGGAUUGUUUGCAAGCCUUGCUGUUCACACGAGAUAUGAAGCAGGCUUUUGGUAUUCAGCGAUUAACUGCCAAUGAUAUCUAUGGAAAUCGAUCGCUCGUGUCACUUGCCGGAUCUCUGCAACUUGCCUCGAAACAAAAAAGGGAGGUGAAAACACCGCCAGUUGCCGAGAAAACACGUCUGAAAAAUGUUGAAGCUAUGUUUGCAGAGUUUGCAGCUUAG